AUGCAGGUGAUCGCAUGUGCGUUGUUUACGCUCCUCUUCCUCUCUAUCAGCGCCGAGUCGGAGGCUGACUUCUGCCCCAAGGGCUGCAAGUGCGAAUGGACGACUCUCACGAUCUUCUGCAUGGAUAUUGAUAUUCUCCCCAGGUUUCCAGCAAGCAUGGAGACACUGUGGCUUUUGGAGACUCGCCUCUCGUCAGUGCCUGCAGAUGCCUUUGCCAACAUGGUCAACAUUUCAAGGAUCCAUAUAUCGGUGGAUGUGACACUGCAGAGGCUUGAGAGGCACUCGUUCUACAGCCUGAAGAAAAUCACCAACAUAGAGCUACGCAAUGCAAAAAGUCUGACCUACGUUGACCCAGAAGCCUUUAAAAAUCUCCCAAACCUCAAAUACCUGGGAAUUUUCAAUACCGGCCUCACUUUCUUCCCUGACUUGAGCAACAUCCGCUCUAAUGACCAGAACUUCAUGCUGGAAAUUGCAGACCAUCCGUACAUCACUGAGAUUCCAGCCAACUCAUUCCGUGGCAUCACGAGCGACGUGCUGACGGUGAUGUUGUACGGUAACGGUUUCAGAGAAAUCCACCAUCAUGCCUUUAAUGGGACAAGGCUCGAUCAAGUUUACCUUCACAGGAAUAAAUAUCUUACCAAGAUGGAUGACAGGGCUUUUGCAGACACCAUCAGCGGCCCUCUGCUUCUAGACGUGUCCGUCACAGGGGUCACCUCCCUGCCAACCACAGGCAUGAACUCUCUCAGAGAGCUGAAGGCGCGCAAUGCUUGGGCCCUCAAGAAACUGCCUCCCAUCAAAACAUUCAAACACCUGACUACCGCCAACCUCACCUAUCCAAGUCACUGCUGUGGCUUCAAAAACCUCAAGAAGAAACGAAGCUUUUGGGAUUACAAGGUGUGUAACCUGUCCGUUUUCCAAGACCAGCAUCACAAGCGCUCUGUGGGACCCCUCAGCUUGCCUUCCCUCCAAGGGGACAGCAUGCUGGAAACCGUCCCAGACGAUGAGCAAAACGAUGAAGGCCACAAAGAGUCCCAGCAAAACUGGAGGAGAGGCGACUACCAUGGCAGCCUCCAUUACCAGGCUUACUUCGGGGGCCUGCCAGAUGAGGAUGUGGGUUUUGGAGAGACCCUCAAGAACCCCCAGGAGGACACCAGCCAAGAUUUUAACAGUCGCUUACUCGAUUAUGUGGUGUGUGAUGAGGGAGAGGAGGUGGCGUGUGCACCAGUCCCCGAUGAGUUCAAUCCUUGUGAGGACAUAAUGGGUUUUGGCUUCCUGCGAGUUUCUGUGUGGUUUGUGAGUCUGCUGGCUGUUCUGGGAAAUGUUGUGGUGCUGUUGGUGCUGCUCACCAGCCACUACAAGCUCUCAGUCUCCCGCUUCCUUAUGUGUCACUUGGCCUUUGCGGACCUGUGCAUGGGCAUUUAUCUGCUGCUUAUCGCCUCUGUAGACCUCCACACACGAUCUGAGUACUUCAACCACGCUAUAGACUGGCAGACGGGUCCUGGCUGUGGACUUGCUGGGUUUUUCACGGUGUUUGCCAGUGAGCUUUCAGUCUACACAUUGACGGUGAUCACUGUGGAGAGGUGGUACGCAAUCACCUUUGCUAUGCGACUGGACCGUAAGCUACGUCUGCACCAUGCGGCAGCAGUGAUGCUUGGCGGCUGGAUCUUCUGCCUACUCCUGGCUUUGUUCCCUUUGGUCGGGGUGAGCAGUUACCAGAGGGUUAGCAUCUGUCUCCCUAUGGACACUCAGUCCACAGUGGCCCAGGUUUACAUCUUGUCAGUUCUGGUCCUCAACAUCCUUGCCUUUCUGGUGAUCUGUGCUUGUUACAUCAAGAUCUAUUGUGCAGUGCACAACCCUCACUACCGAUCUGGAUCCAAGGAUACCAACAUCGCCAAGCGCAUGGCUGUCCUCAUAUUUACUGACUUCCUGUGUAUGGCUCCUAUCUCCUUUUACGCCAUGUCAGCUGUUCUGGACCGGCCGCUAAUCACCGUGUCCAACUCCAAGAUAUUACUGGUGCUCUUCUACCCGCUAAAUUCCUGUGCCAACCCGUUCCUCUACGCCAUCUUCACCAAGGCUUUCAGGGGGGACAUAUUCAUCCUCCUCAGUAAGAUCGGUCUUUGUCAGCAGCGAGCACAGCUGUUCAGAGGCCAGACAGUCUCAUCGAAGGGCAGCAGCGGGACAUCUCAGGUCCGCAGAGACAAGGAUAAGUUUAGAAAAAGUGGAAGAGGAAGACAGGAAGAGGUGCCCAUCAACCUGAAGAAGUGCUGUGGACAUACCUACCACCAACCCGUCUGCCAGAAUACGAGUCAUGAAGGGAACCAGAGGCUGAACACGUGAGCCAAACACCAGCUGGAGGUAGCUGAAGCAAGACAAGUUCAGGUGGGAGAGGAGAGGCCUUGAAGUGUUUGUGGACAGACCUGCUAGGAUAUUUAACAGGGACGUCCAGUAUUCUGUAUCUGCUUCAACUCUCAGGCCAAGUUCAGCUGUUUUUACAAUUUCGGCUGUGACGAUUUUAUGAUUCCAGUUGUCCAGUUUUCUGAAAUAUGAGCCGAACUUCAUCUAACUUAUGAGCCUUUCUAUUUGAAGGGUCUGGCUAGAACAAAGCUAUUUAGAGGACAAAUUCUCAAGAUAAAAACUCACAUAUAGGAACAUAAGUAUGAAUAACAUCAAUCUUUUCAGCAUCUUUAAUUAUAUGAUUAACUUUAUCUUUAAUUAUGGCCACACAAUAUUGCAUUGAUAGAAAAGGAAAUAUAACAGACUUUUUAUGGCUAUAGUGAGGAGCCAUAUUUAUACUUGGUCAUUGUGUUUAAGGACAGCCUGCUGGCUCAGUGCGUUCAUAGUGGAAACUUUAUCAAAUAUAUGGAUGGAUAAAAACACUGCACUUCCAUAGUCUUUAUGCUUAAUAAAUACACAGUAGUGUUUGGUGGUUUAUGGACAAAAAUGGUACUAUUCUU